AUGGAGACCCUGAGGCGGCAGGCUGCCCGGCCCUAUGUCCCCCGGGGGACCCUGGAAACCGACUUCCCUGUGCCGCUGUACAGCGAUGAGUACCUGUCCCUGGAGGGCCCCCGUUGGGCACCAGCCAUCAAGCAGGCAACGCGAUGGAAGUACUCACCCAUGGGCCGGGACGCAGCCGGCCAGCUGUGGUACACGGGCCUGACUAACUCGGACCCCCGCGAUGCCUGGUACACGCUGCCACGUGAGCGGGACAGUGGCCACCGUGCCGCCUACACACACUGGCACAGAUGCCACAGCCACCGGGAGCACGGCCUGCCCUCAGCCUACAUCCAGCGCCUGCGGGAGGCCUCGUGGUACGACCCCACCAUCCCCGCCCAGUACAAGAUGCCCAGCACCCGGUGGGGGAGCCUGCUGUGGAAAGACAGACCCAUCCAGGGGAAGGAGUACGUGGUUAACAGGAACAGAUAUGGGGUGGAGCCACCGUCGCGGGUGUCCGACUACGUGCCGUACCUGUCCCCACCCCAACGCCCGAGAUAUACAACCCAGAACUACCAGCAGUGGAACCUGGAGCCCUACUGCCCCUCAUCCAACCAGCGCCCCCCAACCUACACACCCACGUACUGA